AUGUUCCUCGACGAAAAGUUGUUUUUCUUAACCUUUUUAUUCUCCACUACACAAAUUUCAGGUUAUUCAUAUAACCGACCGAUACUUCCCUCUGAUGCUGGAUGGAAUCCCAAUGGUAUAACAAUUGCUAAUGAAACUCUGAUUGGACCAAAUCCAUUUGAUUUAUUUAUCAAUCAGAAUAACACGGUUUACAUUCCAAGUCAAAUCAAUGGACAAAUUCUCGUUUUCCUUCAAGGAAACUUCAAUUCAAUCAAAUAUAUUUCUGCUAAUCUAACAAAUUCAUCAAGCUUAUUUGUCACAAUACAAGAUGAUAUUUACGUCGACACAUUUUAUUCAUCAGUUAGUUCCGUGAGUAAAAUCAAAUCGAACUCAACGAAUUUGAUUUCCAUUUCACGUAUGAAUCUUUGUCAACAGUGUUUUGACAUUUUUGUGAGUGAAAAUCAAACUCUUUAUUGUUCAUUAUCAGAACAACAUCAGAUUAUUUCGAAAUCAUUGACUGACGAUUGGAAUUAUUUGGAAACAGUUGCCGGAACAGGAAGUCCUGGUUCAACACCAGCAACACUUCAAAAUCCGAAAGGAAUUUUUCUUGACGAAGUCAAUCAAGAUUUAUUUGUCGCAGAUUGUGGAAACCAUCGUAUUCAAUUAUUCAAGUAUAGAAGGCUGAUCGGAGUAACUUUAGUUGGAAAUGGAUCUUCAAAUUUCACAUUUGAGCUCAAUUGUCCAAGCGGGAUCGCGUUAGAUUAUCAAAGUUAUUUAUUUAUCGCUGAUUCGAAUAACCAUCGAAUUAUUGGUCAAAAUUCCAAUGGUUUUCGUUGUCUAUUGGGAUGUUAUCAAUCACAAGGCGCAAAUUCAAAUCAAUUACAAUAUCCAUCGAGUCUACGCUUUGACUCUUUUGGAAAUCUUUUUGUUGUUGAUCAGCAAAAUAAUCGAAUUCAGAAAUUUGAUUUGAUCAUCUACUCAGGACAGUGGACAAUGACUGGAACGAUGAAUAUCGGACGAUAUGGUCAUUCAGCAUCGGUACUAUCAAAUGGAAAAGUGUUAGUCGUUGGUGGAUGUAAUUCCAACAGUGCUGAGCUGUAUGAUCCAUUAACUGGCAGUUGGACAAUGACUGGAAGUAUGCAUGUUGUACGAUGUAGGGUUACAUCAUCAUUACUAUCAAAUGGAGCAGUGUUGGCGGCUGGUGGAUCCUCUUCGAAAAGUGCUGAAUUGUAUGACCCAUCAAUAGGUAAUUGGACAAUGACUGGAAAUAUGAGCGUCGGACGAUCAGAUCACACAGCAUCAGUAUUAUCAAAUGGAAAAGUCUUAGUCACUGGUGGAUGUUGUUAUCUAGCAAGUGCUGAAUUGUAUGACCCAUCAACAGGUAAUUGGACAAUGACUGGAAAUAUGAAUUUCGCACGAAGAUAUCAUACAGCAUCGGUCUUAUCCAAUGGGAUGGUGUUGGUCGCUGGUGGAAACAACGGCAGUGCUCUCACUAGCACUGAAUUGUACGAUCCAUCAACAGGUAAUUGGACUAUGACUGGAAGCAUGAAUUUUCCACGCUUUCGAUAUACGGCAUCGGUAUUAUCAAAUGGAGCAGUAUUAGUGUCUGGUGGAUCCCCUUUGAACAGUUCUGAAUUAUAUGAUCCAACAAAUGGGAUUUGGACAGUGACUGGAAACAUGCAUUUUGCACGCAAUGAACAUACAUCAUCGGUAUUAUUCAAUGGAAAGGUAUUAGUCGCUAGUGGAGACAAUGGCGGGACUGCUGAAUUGUACGAUCCAUUAACCGGUAAAUGGACAAUGACCGGAAAUGUACAUAACGCUCGAGUUGCUCAUACAGCAUCGAUACUAGUCAAUGGAAAAGUAUUGAUAGUUGCUGGAUGGUGUUGCCCUCUGAGCAGUUCUGAAUUGUACGGAUAA